UUCCCUGAGCAGCGGAAACAAAAGCCCUGAUUAAUGUCAGGUUCCUACGGCUACGGCGGACCCGACGAUCGCGCGCCGCCUCCCCGCGGCGGCGGAUAUGGCCGAGGCCGCGGCGGCUAUGGUGGAAACCCCGGGAAUCGAGGUGGCGGCGGUGGGUACGGGGAUGGUGGGCACCAAGGUGGCGGUCGUGGUAACCGUGGAGGUGGCGGAGGGCGCCGAGGUGGUGGCCGCGGCGGCGGAUUUGGACGGGAGGGGGAUUGGCGAUGCCCCAACCCCAGUUGUGGAAACCUGAACUUUGCAAGAAGAACCGAGUGUAACAAGUGUGGUGCUCCGUGCCCUGGUGGUGGUGCUGGUGGCGGGGGAGACUCCAGUGACAAUAACAGAGGUGGUGGUGAUUAUAAUGGUGGUCGUGGUGGUUAUAAUAUCGGUGGAGGGGGAUAUGGUGGCAACCGAGCCGGAUAUGGUGGGAAUCUUGGUGGAAGGAGUAGUGGUUAUGGGGGAAGAGGUGGUGAUUAUGGUGGAAGAAGUGGAUCUUACAAUAUCAAUAAUCACGAAAGAGAGGAUGGUGGUUAUGGUCAAGUUUCUCCAACGCCUCCAACUGCAUAUGGUGGUCCUAUUGGAAAUUAUCCUCCUGCUCCAGGGACCUAUGGUUCAAAUGAUGCUUAUGGUGUUGAUUCUAUCCCACGUCCUAGUACCUAUGGUGAUCCCAAUUCUUACCCUCCUUCAUAUGGUGCUCCCCCUCCAAAUACAUAUGGCAGUGAAGGUCAUGUGGCUCGCGGUGGUCCACCAUCUGGCUAUAGUGCUCCACCGUCUGGAUAUGGUGGUGGAUAUGGUGACCGCACGAACCCUGUCCACGACAUUGGUGUUCCACCUCGCCAUAGUGGUGGUGCCUUUGGUGCUCCUCCUGUUGCAGUUAAACAGUGUGAUGAGAAUUGUGGAGAAUCCUGUGAUAACACGAGGAUUUACAUCUCAAACUUGCCUCCUGAUGUGACGACUGAAGAUCUGCAUGACCUUUUUGGAGGGAUUGGACAGGUUGGCAGAAUCAAGCAAAAACGUGGUUACAAGGACCAAUGGCCGUGGAAUAUCAAGAUAUACACUGAUGAAUAUGGGAACAAUAAAGGGGAUGCUGUACUGUCAUAUGAAGACCCUGCUGCUGCACAUUCUGCCGGGGGCUUCUACAACAAGUACGACAUGAGGGGAUACAAGAUCAAUGUUGCAAUGGCAGAGAAGACUGCACUUAAACCUCCACCUGCAUAUGGUCGCGGUGGUGGAAGAGGGGGCUAUGGUGGUGGAGAGCGACGAAGAGAUAAUUAUCACUAUGGUGGGGCAUCGGGACCAGAUAGGCAUCAUUAUGGUGGUCAUCGAUCACAACCAUACUGAAGGCUUGUGUGUUGAGAAUGUCAUUUUAGAGCUAUUUGUAGUUAUUGUCACCUAAGUUGUACUCGAAAAUGAAGCAUAAGGUAGGUCAUUCUAAUCCUCUUAAUAGGGAACUUCAUUUCAAGAAUUGGAUGGGCUUUAAAAUUGUUGAUCCUAAAGUUUAUUUGUACUGUGUUAAUCUUUUUAUAGAGGCAUGUGGAACUAAUCUCCAAACUGCUGCUAGAUUUGAAAAUUACAGGUGAGUGUUGCUGCUUCAUUAAAAUGCUACAUUCUGUUUAUGUCUCUUAUGAUGAUGUACUGAUACAUUUCUGUGUUGAUGAAUGGGCUCACAUCAGCAUGGCAGCAAUGUGACCCAAGCUUGUUUGCAUAUGAAAUAUAGGUCACAGAUUUUGAUUACUCGAGGAUUUCACAUCAGCACACAACACUUGGGUUUCAAACCUUCCUCAUCUGGCAAUUUUUAGAUUUUGUUUCUUGCAUCAGAUGGUUCCUUCUGAAAUUGUCUUCAUUUUGAAUUUGUAACGUUGUUGGUAGUUCCUUUAAUUCUUUUUCCCUUCCAUUUCUUGACAAUCUCAUUACCAGCCAUAAGUCUGUAGCUUCAUAAACAAACUUUAACACAGAAAAUUGCAUUGUUUGUAGUUACCAUAUCAGAAUAUGUAGCAGUAGCUCUUGGUGUGAAGGGAACUUUCCAUCUUCUAGUCAGCACUGUUGUACUCUAGUUUGCUCUCGGCUUCUUGGGCCUCUCUAUGAUAUUAGUAUAAAA